AUGGGCCUCACUCAGUGUCCCUCAGGGCCGAUCGACUUGGCCAAGCCUAGCAUUAAUCAGUUCGCCGAUUCAAGUCCCUUGACCGGGGCGCAACAGCUGUUUACAAUUCCCAUAUCUGAUUGCAACGAUUCAGAAGAAAGUGCUUCACAUCACAAUCUAAUACGUAUGUCUGAGUCAGAUAUUGAAGGAAAACAGCAACAAACAGCAGAGUUUUGUACGACUUCUGCCGAGCCCCAGGCUAUAGAAAAUUCUUCCAUGAAGGUUUCGGACAACACCGAAGUCGCAGAAAGCAUGAUUGUGAUGGCCUUGUCUGCGUGCGAUACCAGCGCUAUGAUGCCAGCUGUACCGAAUUUGGCUGGCUCCAUGAUGUCUACUGGUGGAAUGGACAAAUUAAUCAUCAGGGAUUCCCAUGGCGUAUGUGCCUCAGCGGAAGUUGCGGCUCCUGACGUUUCCGAUAUCGGCAACGAGAUUGGCCAUUUUGACUCCGGAGCUCCUAUUGUUCUUGAAUCCACUGACGCGAUUGUUUCAGCCGAGGUUCGUGUUCAACUCCAACCCGGUGAGGCCUCCGGUGUCAAUCUAAACCAAAUGUCUGCAUCUUUAGAAGCUCCUGAAGCUGCGGCCUCCACACACUCGAGUGAGUGUCGAGUCUUCGACGCGACGUACUGCCCAGCAAUACAUUCGACGCCGGCUCAUUCUCGUUCAGACAAGAAAAUUCCUGUUGGUCGUGUACAGCCUAUGGUGAAAGAGGAGGCUCCUUUAAUAGACACUUCGGGGUCGUCAAUGGUUGCUACCUUUGGAGGCCUUAUGCUCUCAGUUCCUGGGGUAUCAGUGACUACUGCACCUUCCUCACCGCCAGGGUUGCAUGUUUUGACCCAAGUUCCUCCACCACUUACCAGUCUUGCCAGCAUGGAGUCUGACCUCACUGCCUCUGUCUCAUCUGCUGGUCGUCCACUUGGCACCACUGUUCUACCAGGUCGGCCUGACGAUGUGGCGGCUGCUCGGCUGUUGGCUGCUGCGGCUGCGGCUGCUGCUGCUGCUGCCGCGGCUGCUUCGGCUCCCGGAUUUUCAAGAACGGCCCAACAACAGCAUCACCACUCGCACAGUCACCAGCAUCACCAUCAGGCACAGCUUGCCGCGGCUGCUGUGGCGGCUGCCGCCGUAGGUGGUUCUACAAGACUCCCGAUGGCUCAAGGCUCUGUCACGGGAGUAGAGUCUCCAGUUUUGUCUGCUGCAGCUGCUUCGCAUUCGGUCGCAUCUCUCUCUGAGCCUUCGCUAGCUGCUUGUCAGCGGCAUCCUAUUGUACCUGGUUUUCCUGUUGGGCAGCACGCUCACAUUGGACAUAGUCAUGGCCAUAGCCAUUCGUCACACCCUCACCAGCUCCAACAUCAUCAUCAGCAGCAACACCCACACAACCAACAUCACCAAUUGCAGUUGCAGCAUCAUCACCAGCAGCCAGCAUCUCAUGCUUCUUAUUGCCAGCAACAGACCUCUUCAUUCCAGUCA